UUCCAAGAUGGAAGAACAACAAACACACGAGGACCAAACUCCUGAAACUUUAGAAAAGAAACCACAUAAAAAGCGAAAACUCCCAGAGCCCGGUGUCAUAUACUUGAGUAAAAUACCAGCAUUAAUGAAUGUAAAAACUAUCAAAGACAUUUUCAGUCAAUAUGGUGAAAUAGGAAAGGUUUUCCUCCAACCAAAUGAAAAAGCUCCAAAUACAAAAAAGGGACGGUUAUUCACGGAAGGAUGGGUGGAGUUUUUGGAUAAGAAGAUUGCAAAACAAGUAGCAGCAAACCUAAAUAACACCCAGAUAGGAGGAAAAAAGAAAAGUCGCUGGCAUGAAGAACUCUGGAACAUAAAAUACCUUCAUAGGUUUAAAUGGGCUCAUUUAAAUGAGAGACUAGCGUAUGAAAAAGCUGUUCACAAACAGAGAUUGAGGACAGAGAUAGCUCAAGUGAAGCGUGUCGCCAACUUUCACAUUCAAAAUGCUGAGAAAAGACAGAAACAAAAGGCCAUUGAGGAGAGGAAACAGCGACAGGGGAAAAGUGUGGGUGGGGACAGAGGGGAGGGGGAGUACAAGAUAUUUCAGAGGAAGACGGAGGAGGACACGGUGACAAGGAAGAGGAAGUUAGACUCUGUAGGAGAAACAGGAAAACCAGGAAAACGGAAAAAGGAAGAUGUCAAUAAGAAAUCAUUCUUUGCCAGGACUUCCUUGAUAAAAAGUAUAUUUUCAGGAGGUCUGAAUGAAGAUGAUUAAGAUAUCAUUUCAAGAUUAAAAGUGAAAACAAUUUAGAUAUGUUUUGAGAUGACGGAUAUGUUGGUUUAUUUUGUAAAUCAUAUUAUUGAAAACCAAACAUUCCUUUGAGUUUAAAUCUCAAUAAAGAGUUUUUUAGGGAUUGGUUUUCUGAAAUAGCGACAUGCUUUCACAUCCUUCCUCAUUAUUGGAAACUUCCAAGGAAAGUAAUAGUCUGUAUGUACUGUACGUAGUAUUAAAAGUGUUCAUUCAGAGUUAUAUACUGCAUUACAUGAUUGUGUAUUAACAUUUUUUAGGGACAAUAUGGGUUUGUGUGUUGCUCUAUACUACACAUCUCUAGUUCAUCUGUUGAAUUUAUUUUCAGCAUUAACUCUUUAAUGUAAAUGUAUAAGCUUUCAAAAUCCCCACUUUGUAUGUUUCUUGAACCCUGUUAUCUUGCAUUCUGUUAUCUCACAAUUUAAUCUUGGUCCCAUUGAAUUUGGGUUGAUGAGGCUUUACUGUUUUUCUAAUGGAUCGAAUUUAAAUGAGAUGGUGAAUUAUAAUUUUGGAGAUGUGUAAUGCAUGCAGCUACAAAAAACAUUUGUGAGGGUUUUGUUAUAGAUUUUUCACAGAAUAUAUUCAUCAUUAGAUUUCAUAAGAAAUAUUUCCUAGUCCUAUUAUAAUGUUUAAGCUUAAAAAGAUAGAAAAACAAAUUAAAUGUUCAGUUUAUAUAUGAAUUUUGUAUAAAAAGAUUUUUUUCUUUUAAAUCUUGUAAUUAGUGAUAUGAAAAUUCUUUUAUUCACCGUCAAAUGCAACCAUUGAUUUUUUGCAAAGGGUUAUCUCUCUUUGCACUGUUCAAUUGAAAUAAAAAAUGAGGCAACUAUUUUGCCUUAUUAUUGUUUCAAAAAUCAAAAUCUUAACCUUUUUGUGAGGCAUACAUACAUUUAAAUUGCAAUAAACAUAUGUACUUAAAGUAUUA